AUGGUGAGUCGUGACUUCUACUGGAACCGCCAGUAUGAGUUUGUGCGCAAAAACAUUCGUGCUUGCGAAGUUUGUCAGCGGUUAAAGCGUAGUCCUUCAUCCCGCGCACCCUUGCAGCCUCUCCCGAUUCCGGCAGAGUGUUGGCAGUCCGUAUCGAUGGACUUCGUCUUUGGGUUUCCCAAAGACGCUCACACGAAUAAUGGUAUUCUUGUGUUUGUUGAUCGGCUCAGCAAGUUGGUACAUCGCGUUGCUGUACCGGAGUCAAUCACAGCCCAGGGUUGUGCGCGUGUCUUCAUCGAUGCUAUCUUCCGACUUCACGGGUUACCCCGUGAACUCGUGUCUGGUAGGGACCCCCGCUUUACGGCGGAGUUUUGGAAAUUCGUGUUCCGUUCACUUGGAACACGUUUGAAGAUGUCGACUUCUGACCAUCCAGAAACAGAUGGUCAGACAGAACGCUUCAACCGCGUCCUCGAAGACAUGCUUCGAAGGUAUGUCCACUCGUUGACGAGUUGGUGUGAGUUCUUGCCGAUGGCGGAAUUUGCCAUCAACAACUCGGUGCAUGCGUUGACAACGCAUACACCGUUCUAUGUGAAUGGCCUACGCCAUCCACGUUUACCCGCCUUCUUAGAGCGUGACUCUAGUUUAAGGGGGGGGUUGGACUCGCUCGAGCAAAAACGAUCUGGUUCUUGCUUAUCACCCGUUGACAAUGGUUUCAACGUGAUAGAUGCCGAUAUCGAUGCGAUCGACAUCGAUGCUGCUGGUAUAUUCAGCAUCGCCAAUGACUGCCACAGUGAGGACGAUGACUCCCUCACUGAUGAAGAAAACGUUCUUUCAGCAGUGCACACGAAGCGCACUGCUGUUGACAAGGAUGAAUCAGCAGCGGAAUUUCUGCUGACUCGCAAAGCAGUUGUCCGCUUCGUUCAAGAUUCUAUUGUAGAUGCAAUAGAAAGACAGAAACGAAAUGCAGACAAACAUGGAAGAGCAAGUGUUCUUUCGUUUGAUGUAGGAGAUUUAGCUUUACUGUCUACAGUAAAUCUACCAAAACACGCAGUGACAAACGUGCACAGCAGCAAACUACUGCCCAAGUAUAUCGGUUCAUUUCGUGUGUUGCGCUGA